AUGGCGCUCAAUUUCUACAAUUUUCAAGUCAUUCCCGAGUCCCAGCGACGUCGCAGUCGUAGAAUACAUGUGGACAGCAAGGAUCAAAUUAUUCUUCAAAUUUUCGAGAAAGUCGCUGGCGAAGAUGGGGUUGUGGAUGCCUUUGAACUACAGACCUUACUUCAGACGUGUUUCCGGCGCGACCUUGGUGAAUAUAAGUUUAAUUUGGAGACUUGUCGAAGUUUGUUGUUGUUGUACGACACGGACUGCAGUUUUUGUGUUGAGUUUGACGAGUUUUCUAAACUUUGGAAAGAUUUGAAAGCUUGGUAUGGUAUAUUCAAGAAAUACGACACGGACAAGAGCUUUGAUAUGAAUAAAAGAGAACUCAAUCGAGCAUUAAAAGAAGUUCCGGAUUUUAACAUCACACAAAAGACGAUCGAUAUUUAUGCUCGGAGGUUUGCGAACAAGAAUGGCUGUGUUGAUUUGGAUGAUUUUCUUCAAAUUAUCGCACGGACAAAAUGUUUAAUAAGGUCUUUCGAAAGGCAAAUGUCAAGACGCGGAAGUGUUGGCAGGAAUCCUGAAGCGAGGUUCUCCUUGGAGGCGUAUUUACAAGCAUGCAUUGUAACAUAA